GUAGAAGCAUAAUGUCACCACAGCAGCCAAAGACUUCACAUUGUUGUCUCAAUAUCACGCUCUCAAAGGUUAUCUCCAGAUAGCUGGGCCUCACCAUAGCACCUCCUGGGACAGAUACAUGUCUGUUGCGGUGCAAUUGGCCGGGGAGCGUGGCUAUGAAGCCCGCUCUGGUAGGAGCUGACGAAUCUCAGGACGCCAAUUCAAGCUCAUUGCCAGGCCAUCGAGCUCCCAGGCCAUCAUCAUACCCUCAUGAGCCUCCUUCGCCUGCCGAUCUAGCCCUAGCGCAACCCUCCGGUCGUCGUGGACGUCCUUCGCCGCCCAUCUUACCCUGGUACUGCUCCCGCGCCCUCAUGGACGCCCUCCGCCCGUUUAUGAUAGGACUUAGUACCUUCGCCCGACGCGGUUGUGAUGGAGGUUAAAAACACAAGGCGCAACACGCGCAAUCCGUUCGGGAGGAGAAUGUAGGUGUCCAUUCGGCUGCGUCAUGGUUUCAAGGUUCACGAAUGGCUCGCAGCCGUGGUAGCAAGCCGAGGGCAUCAGGUGGGCCAUACAUCAGCA